CGACAUAAGAUCAACUCCACCCAGACAAGAUGCAGCAGCCAGUUGGUCCAGUGGAUUCAGUUCGUCCAUACAAACUAGCCCACCAGAUUCUUAGCUUGACAGGCAUCAACCUGCAGAGGCAGAGCAUCAUUGGCUUUGUGGAGCUGACAAUAGCACUCCAGACAGACUACUUGCGCCAGGUCAAGCUCAACUGCAAGCAGUGCCGAGUCUAUCGCGUCACCCUGAAUGAUGACUUGGAGACCAGCUUCAGUUAUUGUGAUCCCACACAGGACAUCAUGCAGGGCAGCUCCAACCGCGACCUCGAGUCGUUCGCCGAGGCGCACCAAGCGGCCGUCAACUCGACCGACCCCGAGUACGGCCGCGGCGAGCUGGUGGUCGACAUCCCGGUGGAGGCGCAGGACCUGGUGCAGGACGGCCAGAUGCUGCGCAUCGGCGUCGAGUUUAGCCUCGAGACGCCUACGGCCGGCGUACACUUCGUGCUGCCGGAGGGCGAGGGCACGUUGGCCGAACGCGGCGCACACAUGUUCACCUACGGCUUCGAGAACUCGUCGCGGCUGUGGUUCCCGUGCAUCGACAGCUUCUGCGACCUGUGCACGUGGAAGCUGGAGCUGACGGUGGACGAGAGCAUGACGGCCGUGUCGUGCGGCGACCUGAUCGAGACAGUGUACACGCCGGACAUGCGCCGUCGCACCUUCCACUACCAUCUGGCGCUGCCCACCGCCGCGCCCAACAUCGCGCUCGCUGUCGGGCCGUUCGAGAUAUUCGUUGACCCGCACAUGAACGAGAUCACCCACUUCUGUUUGCCGCACCUGCUGCCCCAGCUCAAGCAGACGGCCAGGUUCAUGCACACCACCUUCGAGUUCUUCGAGGAAGUGCUCGCCAACAGGUUUCCCUACUCGUGCUACAAGCAGGUGUUUGUAGACGAGGCAUACGAGGACGUCUCGUCGUACUCCACGAUGAGCAUCCUCAGCGUGAACCUGCUGUGCCCGUCGCAGGUCAUCGAGCAGGUGUACGUGACGCGACGCUGCUUGGCGCUGGCACUGGCCCGCCAGUUCUUCUCCUGUUUCAUCUCCCUCACCGGCUGGAGCGACGCCUGGCUCACGUUGGGCAUCAGCCACUACCUCACCGGCCUCUACGUCAAGAAGUUCUUCGGCAUGAACGACCACCGCGACUGGAUGUACUCGGAGAUGCAGGAGGUGAUCCAGUACGAGCAACGGUACGGCCCCAUCGUGCUGGACAACAGCGGCACGCCGCCCACCGGCAGCCACGCGGCGCCCACCUUCCAUCCGCUGCACUCGCAGAAGGAGUUCUACUUCCCGCU